UUUGCGUCAAUACGAAAUUUUUUACCUUGGCAGUUUUUUAGAUUUUGCAAUAAACGUCAAUAAGCGUUGUGGUAGAGUGUGGAUUAUUGGAGAGCAGCUGCCGCCGUCGCAUCUAAAUUGCUUCAUACAUUCAAUUAAAUAUAAAAAAUUCCCGAAAUGAAUUCGGCCAACAACAGUGCAGCUUCAGUUAAAAUGAAUGGUACAAGCACGACGAAUGGAAUUGCAGAAGCGACAACAAAAACAAAUGGCAACGGCUGUUUUAGGGACGACGAUUCGUGGAAAGAAAUCUCCAUUGAUGUUCCUUGGGGUGUUGUAGCUGGCAAGUGGUGGGGCCCACUCAAUCGCCAGCCCAUCCUCGCUCUCCAUGGUUGGCAAGACAACGCCGGCACAUUCGACCGAUUAUGCCCGCUAUUGCCCGCGCACAUUCCAAUUCUUUGCAUUGAUCUGCCCGGUCAUGGCAAGUCUUCACACUACCCAAUGGGCAUGCAGUAUUUUAUCUUCUGGGAUGGCAUAUGUCUUAUUCGGCGUAUCGUGCGCCGCUACGGAUGGGAAAAUGUGACACUACUGGGCCACUCCUUGGGCGGCGCAUUGACAUUCAUGUAUGCCGCCAGUUAUCCAAACGAAGUGGAGAAACUCAUCAACAUCGACAUUGCUGGUCCCACAGUACGCAGUAUUGAACGCUCUGCAGAAACGACUGGCUGGGCUUUAGAUAAAUUAUUGGAUUAUGAAAACUUACCACAAGAUAAGAGGCCCUGCUAUAACUACGAAGAAAUGAUUAAAUUAGUUGUAGAUGCUUACGACGGUUCGGUGGAUGAGGACGCAGCUAAGGUAUUAAUGAGACGUGGCAUGGCACCGAUAGCGAUAGAAAAAGAGGAUGGCUUUAAUUUUGCACGUGAUUUGCGUUUGAAAGUCAGUUUGCUGGGCAUGUUCACAGGUGAACAAGUCUUGACUUACGCUAAGCGUAUACGCUGUAAAGUACUCAAUAUACGCGCUGAACCUGGCAUGACGUUCCAGAAUCCACAAAUCUACAUCGAUGUCAUUGAGACGCUAAGAAAGAACGCAGAAUUGGUGAUAUUUGAGAAAGUACCUGGUACGCACCACUUGCAUUUGGUCACGCCGGAGCGAGUGGCGCCCAUCAUCACUGAUUUUAUAUUGAAAUCGUAAAUCAGUUGGUGGGACAUUGUGGAGGCUUCAAUCUAAUACAUAUGUACAGUUAUAAUAUACACACAAACACACAUAUAUUUAUAAGAAAUGAAAAAAUAGUAAGUUCUUCAUACAAAUAAGACAUGUGCGAGGUUUAAAUCUAACUGACAGAAGCAUGGGAAAGAAUCAAGUAUUAAAUAUUUGUACUUCAAAAUGUGUAUAUAUGCACAAUACUUUUAACCAAGGAGCAUUCAUUAAAGGUGGUGGCAAAUGUUUUGUACGUUUGAUUGUCACGGCAAAGUAUUGGAGAAGUAGAAAACAAAGAAUGAAUUUGCCUUGUAUCAUUCGGUGCUGACAGCCACAUGGACACGGCGAAAGAAAAAAAAAGCAAGUCACCUGAUUUACCUAUACUACCUUUAAUAGAUUCACCUUCCUUUUAACCAAUUUCGGAAGAUUUCAAAUACAUUCUGAAAUGAAAUUUAGCUAGACAAUUUUUCCGCCAAGAACUGCAAAUCUACUUAAAUUUUUAAUAAAUAGGGGGCUUUAUAUGUAUGUGCAUACGUAAUUGAUACUAAUAUUAAAAAAAAAAUAAUUAGGUAAAAAAUUUGGGCAAUUGGUACUUCAAAUUUUCUUCUAUUAAAUUUGUAAAAUAAUAUAUGUACAAUAUAAAUAUUGGUUAUAUUACACAGUCAAAUAAGAUGCUGAACAAACAAACUAAAAAUGCCUACAAUGAGAUGCUGAAAUAAUUAAAAAUAAAUAAAUAAAAAGCAUCGCGAAAAUAA